CGUCCCGGCAACAGUGAAACGGUGGCAGGCUCGUGACGGCAUGAGAUUCGGCGCCAGACGCGCUUCUUCCAACUGGAUACUACGAAAACGAUGCAUAAGAUGUGGUGUUGGCUAGCAGUGUUGCACCUGUUCGUCCUUUAUGAUUUCGUCCUCUGUAUCACGCUGACCGAGGUGCGCGUCCCGAAGCACACGAUUCGGGGCCACGCCGUCAAGCUUGAGUGCCACUACGAUAUGGAGGGGGAGGCCCUGUACUCGGUGAAGUGGUACAAGGACGGACGCGAGUUCUAUCGUUACGUGCCAAGAGAUGAUCCUCCGGGAAGCUUUUUCCCCCAACCGGGCAUAGCCAUAGAUUUAGCCAAUGCUACAAGCGAACAGGUGAUCCUAGAUCCUUUAGAUUUAUCCUCAAGCGGGAAGUACCGUUGCGAAGUGUCCGCUGAAGCUCCCUCCUUCCAGACGGUCUCGGAUCACGGCGAGAUGAUGGUUGUAGUUCUCCCAGACCAAGAUCCGUACAUAACGGGCGGAAAGCCGCGUUAUCAAAUCGGUGAUCCGGUUCGCGUGAAUUGCACUUCGGGCCGCUCGAAGCCAGCGGUCCACCUGACCUGGUACAUCAAUGGCGACCCGGCCGACAAAAGCCUCCUGAAGCACUACGAGCCACGCAUCUCGGGCGUCGACCGUCUGGAAACGUCCAUCCUCGGACUGGAGUUCCGCGUCAAACCAAAGCAUUUCAAACACGGUGACAUGAAGUUGAAGUGCCUCGCCACCAUCUCGACCGUGUACUGGAAGAGCAAUGAGGAGAGCGUCGAGGGCGAGAAGCUCCAAAAGGCGCCGACACUGGAGUCGCGAAGGGCCGUUUCCGCCGACUCACGAGCAGACCGCGUCCAGGCCGCCUCGAACAGCGGCCAGGCGAGGAAACCUGGCGUCCCACUGUCGGCAUCGAAAUUAGCAAUUUAUGUUUUCAUUUUGUUGGCAAGUUAUCGUUACACCAGUUAAAGGUAAGCAUGAGCUAGGCGGUGGUGCAGACAGGGCCACAACACGAGGCGGCACGGAGCGGGGAAACGUGCAAAACGCGACUCUCAGCAGUUCAACUUCUUUCUACUUCGUCCUUGUUUGUCAAUUAUCCUGGAGCGGGAAUGUUUUAAGAGUGUUGCCAAAGAAAUUCUGAAUGUUCGUGCGUGUAUGUGUGUGCAUGUUGUGUGCGUAUGAAAGGGAGAGAAAGAGAGAGUGAAAGCUGGAGAACCAGCGAGGCAUCGAGACGAAUGACGCUCUUUAAAACAUAUCAGUAAAAAUCAAUGUCAAAUAUUCAUCAUAUCAAAAUGCACAGCUGAAGUCAUUUUCUUGGAGCUAUGGUUAUUCGGACGAAUAAGAUAAUGCAGAAGACGAAACGACACAGAAGGAAUUUGUAAGAGCGGACAAACUACACAGAGUGUACAUAUUUCAUAGUUUUAAAAUCGAACAAACCACUUUCAAAUAUUGCCACAACUCCCACGAGCCCCCAAAAGAAGAAGAUCAUUUUCCAGUAUCGAAACAAGAGCGUUGGGAAGCGAGACCUUCUUCCAUCCGUUGCACGCAAAAGAGAAGUGAUGAAUAAAGUAUAAAAUUGUUUCA